AUGGUGGAAGGCACACCUCUCGACGAGCGAGCGAGCGCAAGCCAUGGGUUCUCCGUGGGCACGACGCUGGUGGCACGCUGGAUGGGCAAGAUGGAACGCAUGUGCAUAGUUAUCGAUCGAGCAACGCUUAGCCACGAUCGGUUCAAGUACUACGUGCACUGGCACGGUUACAAUCGUCGCAUGGACGAGUGGAUCAACGAGCAUGAGAUUGUGAGGCGGGGUACGGACGAAGAGACGUUGAAACUGCAAGAGCGAGAUGCCAAAGAGAAGGAAAAGGAACAACGGGACAAGAACCGCAGCAAGGCACCAGGCGCCAGUGACGCUACUGCUAGUGCAGAUGCUUCAGCCCGUACUCGAGGACAGAGGCAGAAGACACCAGAUGGUCCGGAGUUUGCCCCGCCGGAAGAAGAGCAUGAUGAACACGAAGGCAUGGAUGCUGCUAGUAUUCGAGAGCACGAAGAGGUGACCAAAGUCAAGAAUGUGCGGUUUGUCGAGUUGGGGCGCUUUCGUAUGGCGGCGUGGUACUUCUCACCCUUUCCAAAAGAGUAUUACCCUGACGGAUCGAUUGAUUGCCUGCAUUUUUGCGAGUUCUGCAUGGCAUUUUUCCGCUACAAGCGCGAGCUGACAGUGCACCAAGAACGGCACGUGUGCGACCGCCACCCGCCAGGAAACGAGAUUUACCGUCACGAGAACCUGAGUGUUUUCGAGGUCGAUGGUGCAAUUUCCAAGGUCUAUUGCCAAAAUCUCUGCUACCUUGCCAAGUUGUUUCUGGACCACAAAACGCUGUACUACGAUGUGGACCCAUUUCUAUUCUACAUUAUCUGCGAAGUCGACUCGCGUGGUUUUCACCCAGUGGGCUAUUUCUCCAAGGAGAAGUACUCGGAAUUGGGAUACAAUCUGGCUUGUAUCCUGACAUUCCCGUGCCACCAACGCAAAGGCUAUGGCCAUUUUAUCAUUCAGUUCUCGUACGAGCUGAGUAAGAAGGAAGAGAAAGUAGGCUCGCCCGAAAAGCCUCUCUCAGAUUUGGGUCUUGUCAGCUAUCGAAGCUACUGGACGCGUGAGUUGCUGGGGAUUUUGCGGGAAUAUCCGGAGAAAGAAGUGUCGAUCAUGGAUCUAACGAGGAUCACAUCGAUCAAGAACGAGGACAUUAUUGCCACGCUGCAGCAUCUCAAUAUGAUCAAGUAUCUAGGCGGGCAGUAUGCCUACGUGGUGCCCACACACGUUGUCGACGCGUACCUGAUGAAGCUGACUCGAAAGGGUCCAAACGUUGUCCCUGAGAAGCUACACUGGGCGCCGUUGCACUUGGAUAUAAAGCGUGAUAAGUGGUCGCUGAAGGCAAAAACUGCGGACAAGGAGGAUUAA